CUUUUUUCCAGUUCUCUCGGAUUCGGGCUGUUGGACUUCCGGCCUGCAAUUCUCAAUCCAGACAUUUCAUGUGGAUUUUUUCUACUCAAUCGUACCUUUUUUGCAACUUGGAAAGAUCAGCUAGGCGGAGAUUCCUUGUAAUCUCGAGAAUCGAGCGUAACAUAUAUUUUGUACGGUUCAAUAUUACAACUCCACGCGUGAAAAAAGAUUAAUCACAAUGACUUGCGACAGCAAUUUCAAAAUGUAAGUACAGUACAGUUAUUGGAACAAGACCACGUGUAUGCAAAUACACGGCGCCUCUGUUGCGCAAACGCCGGAAAUUUGAGCAUAAUUCGGUCAGCAGUGAUUCAGAUUUCCAUUAUCGUAAGAUAAGAUGAAGAUCCCAUACGAUUAUUUUUCAUUUAACUUAGAGAGGGCAUGUGCGCAUUUUUACUCUAAGAAUACAAGUAUGUGUGAUCAGAAAUUUCGAAAAUUUCAUGGCAAAAAUUCCACAAAGCAUCUGGAAAUUUCAUGGGUGCAGUAAGCAGUAUUUUUUAAUCAACAUAAUUUUCUUAUUGCUGGUCGGAUUAAAUCCAGUUGGGAGACUGUUCAAGUAAUAUUCAACUUUAAGGUGUUCGAGAUUCGUUGCAUUUCAGCCUUUUUAGGAAGUGCAUAAGGUUUUUUCCCCGCAAUUUUACUGUAUCUUCAUUAUGCGAAAUCAUUCUCUUCGAAAUUAUUUGUAUUCGAGUUGCUGACGAAUAAUUGGUGUCUUAUGUUCGUGGUACUAAUUCUCGAGAAUUUUUCAUAUCGCAUCAGUGUCAUUGAUCGUGUUCCGACCUUUCUCACAAAUUGUUUGACUAUCCUUCGUACUUUAUUGACUGUCUUCUUGGAAAACACCUUCGCAGCAAAAGUUUUUGUAUCCUGCUGAUGCGCUGCAAAUAUUUUGAAGAAUAAUUUUUUCUAAGCGAGAAGUUUCAUGAGAUUCUGUUGAACAAGAUUCUUCUGGAUUCAUUCUUCUGCUGACUAAUUUCUCGCGAGGUUUUCUCUCGUUUCCGUCUUGCUGAUCUACAAAGAACUGUGAUAAUCUCUCGAAAACUUCGUUUGAUCUCGUUUCCAACUGGAAAAAGUGUUGAUUUUGCAUGGCGUUCCAAUUUUUCGAUGUUACUGUAAAAGGACUGCUCGGCCCAAGGUGCGAGGCAUCCGUGAGAAUAGCAUGAGUUUCGAUCAUCGUGGUGGUAGAUUUGGACUUGAUUUAGCAUUUAAAAAGGCUGUGAAGAGAAACUGGGAAGGACGAAAAGGGGGUUCCUGAAUGCCAGAGGAGCUGAGAAGUUACGCGUUUGGAGUCUUGGAAUUUAUUCUUCCUACCUUCAGUUUACAUCAUGAUCGAAGGAAUUUGGAUAACAUUUUCGGAAGUGCUUUUGUGAUGUUGGAAACUGUUUCUCCAACCAGAGAACAGACAUGUUUUGAUCUGCUUAAACCAACUGACGAGAAGGGCGUGAAGAAAUCGCAAGAUAAAGUCAUGGGCAUGGAAAACGUGUGUUCCCGAAAAUGGAUAAAUCAAAUGAAUGAUCGCGUUUCUCCAGUCGUCGGAAACGGCGAAGGGGAUGCUCUGAACUGUGUAUCGGCGAUUGACUCUGACAAGAAUUGCUGCAUGACGUUGGUCAUUCCGUUUGAAAGCGAGAAAGAGGCCUUGGUUGUGUUUCGUUCCGUGAGUGUGGACCCUGAACCUCCACGCAGUUCGGCGAAGAGAGAGUUACGCUUGGUUCAUCCUAAUCGCAUUCAUGCAGAUCUAGUCGCCAAGGAUUUCAGGUCAUUGCGUGCGUCUUGUACGUCACUGUUGGACAGCAUCAAGCUCGUUUGUGAUACCAUCCAGGAGUUCAGACCGUGAAUUUGAAGCGCGAGGAUGCCGGAACACACACCGGCGCCCACGUUUGCUCGCGGCGUCUACGGAUUCGUGCUUUACGUGGCGGCGAGUGCGGGUUUCUUGCUGUACUGCGUUUGGGCGUACAUGCCGCCGCAAGAUCUCUACUGGCCACAUCGGUACUGGGCUGUCGGUGUUCCGCUCUUUGUGAUCGCUGCCGUGUUGCUAUUUGCUUUCUGUUUGUAUCCUCUGGUGGUGGCCCGCGUUUUGGCUGAGGACUAUGAGAGCUAUUCGGGGACGGCACCAGUGAAGAGGGGUUUGAGUCAGCGAGAGCCGCAGUUGCAUGACAUCCCACUAGAAGACGUGUGUCGGAAACUGUACGCCCGGGAUGGUGGGUUGAAAUGAAUUUCUGUAAUGGAAUGUGUCGAAGUUUUGACAGUGAUUUAAAAUUUUAAGUACUGUUCUGUAUUCUGUACAGUAUUUUUGGUACUGUUGAACGUCUCUGAGUAAAAUCUGAAAAUAAUGAAAGAAAA